AGACUGAGCGGUGUGUCACGCGAUAGUACUGUGACACUGUUUUUUUCUGUUGACUUCCAGUUCUCUUUUGUGAAAGUGGUGAUUUAAGACGAGACAAACCAAACAUUUGAGCGGUUACUGUUAUGUAGGUUAAUGGAGACAGCCGACGACCUCUGGAACGUGUUUCAAUAACUAACGGUUCGAACUCUUAUCUAAUAAGGAAGACACCCACUUCCAUUAAGUUCCUUGAGAAUGGCUAACAGCAGGGAUGCCAAUGAGAGCACUCCUCUUCUGGACUCAGGCUCUGGGAGCAGACCUUCCCCUCCAUCAGUCUUCCAAGGAAGAAGACUAGCAUGUGCAGCCAUCCUGCUGGCUGAAUCAUUAGAAAGGAUUGCGUUCUACGGCAUCACAUCCAAUCUGGUUCUGUUUCUCAACAACAGUCCUUUUUACUGGGAGGGUACUCAGGCGAGUCAGGCCCCUCUGAUGUUCAUGGGAAUUACGUACCUGAUUUCGCCAUUUGGAGGAUGGUUGGCAGAUGCAUACCUUGGAAAAUUCUGGACCAUUGCCUCAAGUUUGAUCCUAUAUUUUAUUGGCAUGCUAUUUUUUCCUUUCAUUUCCAAUGAACACACCAGUAUACACCUAUGUGGAGAAGAGGCGGCGUUUCCUGUGCAACCUGCUGAGUGCCUGAGCACAAACAGUACCCCUCCUAGAAAUGUAACCUGCCCCAUUCGCACCCCAUAUUGUGGCCCAGUAAUCUACAGUGGACUUUUUUUAAUUGCAUUAGGUGUGGGUACUGUGAAGUCCAACAUCACUCCGUUUGGGGCAGAUCAGGUCAAAGACAGAGGACCAGAGGCCACGCGCCGAUUCUUCAACUGGUUCUACUGGUGCAUCAACUUAGGAGCCAUCCUGUCUCUGGGAGGUGUGGCGUACAUCCAGCAGAACUACAGCUUUGAGGUUGGCUACAUCAUUCCCGCUGUGUGCCUAGGGGUCUCCUUCCUGGUUUUUCUCCUGGGACGGACUGUUUUCAUCACGAAGCCUGCUGAUGGCAGCGCCUUCACAGACAUGUUCAAGAUCCUCACUUUCGCCUGCUGUUCACAGAGACCAAAGGAACCUAACCUACUCCGCAACAAGCCAACACUACUAGAUAGCGCCAAAGUGACCUAUGGAGGAAAAUUUCAAGAGGAAAAAGUCGAGGAAGUGAAAGCACUGGUGAAAGUCCUUCCGGUUUUCUUUGCCCUUAUUCCAUACUGGACCGUGUACUUCCAGAUGCAGACAACGUACGUCCUGCAGAGCCUCCAUCUGAGGAUCCCUGGUACUCCCUCAAACCUCACUGAUGACAGCCAUAAGAUGACAUUCCGCUUUCCAGCUGCCUGGCUCACCAUGUUUGAUGCAGUGCUCAUUCUUAUGCUGAUUCCCCUUAAGGACAAAGUGGUGGACCCCAUCCUGAAACGCCGCGGCCUGCUGCCCUCCUCUUUGAAGAGGAUUGCAGUGGGGAUGUUCUUUGUCAUGUGGUCAGCUGUGGCAGCGGGUAUUUUGGAGACCAAACGCCUGGAGAUUGUCAAAUCAAAUGGUACCAUUGACCAGGUGCUUGGCCACGUUAUCUACUACGCGGCAGAUUUACCCAUAUGGUGGCAAGUGCCUCAGUAUGUGCUGAUAGGAAUCAGCGAAAUCUUUGCCAGCAUUGCAGGUCUGGAGUUUGCCUAUUCUGCAGCCCCCAAAUCCAUGCAGAGUGCCAUCAUGGGUCUCUUCUUUUUCUUCUCUGGCAUUGGCUCCUUCGUGGGCUCUGGUUUGUUGGCUAUUGUCUCCCUGAAGGAGAUUGGCUGGAUGUCGUCCCACAGGGACUUUGGUAACAUCAACGACUGCUCUCUCCACUACUACUUCUUCCUGCUGGCGGGGAUCCAGGGCAUCACCUUGCUCGUGUUUCUUAUUGUGUCCGUCAAGUAUGACAGGCAGAGGGGCAGGGCAGGAAGUCAGCGGCAGAGACGCACCUCCUCUUGACCCCAGCAGAUGUCCCAGAAACCCCCCGAACACCUCCACCAUCACCAUACCGGCCUUUUCCUGUCAUAUCGAUCAGUGCCCCAAAGAUCCUGUCGAAUAGGUACUUGCUCAUCCUCCUCCAGCAAUUUGGGUUACCUCUUUCAUGACUGUACACUUAUUUAUGUUUGCUUUAGCUAUUAAGUGGGGAUUCUUUACCCAGUCUGACAACAAUAAUGGUUUUAUAUCGCUGGGUGUCUAUACAGGUACCACUGACAGCACAGAGAUAAAUCCAGGAGCUGUGUUUGAAUCAUUUCUACUGUACUCCCUCACUCCUGUGUGUUUACUCCUGUUGCCUUUCUUUGAUCAUUUGCACUUAACUUGAGGAGUGGUGCCAUAAAAUGUGACAUCUUGAUCUUUUCUAAUCACGAAGAAUGCUCGGUUGUUUUUAUAGCUAGAUUUUUACCGUCUGUUUUCUAACAAAGAGUUAUUUUUAGACUUGCUGUUUUUGCUAAUCAUUUUACUGAUCCCAGCAGGAUACGUUUGUAUUUACUACUACAUUAAUUUCUAGUCUAUCCAGAACCUGAGAUCGGGGUAUUUGUGUAUUAAACUCACUUGAAUGUCAGCAUUAUUACAUUUACCCCUGUAGGGCUUCUGGAGAGCUUCAAACACUCAUGCAGUAACAGAGCGGUGAUGACACUGAGUGAGGAUUUGGUUUUAAUGCACUGAGUUGUUAAAUGUUGUUGCAGAUUCUCACAAAAUGAUGCUGUUAUAGUUUGACGUGGUUUAAUUAAUUGAUUAUUUAGUUCUAAUAUUCAGAUUUCCCAGCCUCAGUAUUAGAUGUGACUAUUAAAAUCUAACAUUAAGAGAAGAAAAUCUCCCACGUUUGAUUCCACAGCGUGUGAUUACACUGUAAAGCCGCAUAAAUCCGCCCUAUAAAUCUUCGAACAGCACCAUACAUGAAUAAUGGCAACUCCUCAUGUUAAAAAAAUAACUCCAUGACUCCCGUGAAGCUUCAUAGCAGUUUUUACUUUCUGGUCAAGCUGUAAAAUCACAUGUCUGCAUGACAAACUAAUGAGAAACUAACCAUAAGCUUAACACACAACCUUGUAUGUGCCUCUGAAAAGAAAUUACGGCAUUAAUGUUUGGAUCAUGAAAAAAUAUAGUUUUUAUAUGAAAAAAUAAAAAUGACACAUAUUUACAUUGACAUUGCAGUGUUAUCAUGGCUUUGCAGCUUUGCCAGAAAAUCGUGAAAAACAAGCUUCUGUUUUGUUGCAUUUAUAAGACUGUGAUGCAUUUGUUUUAGCUUUAAGAAUAAGUGUGUGUGUGUGCGCGCGUGUGUGUGUGUGUUUCUUCAAUCCUCAGAUUAAGUAGAGAACAAGGUACUGGAUUUUAUUAAAACGAGAAAACUCUCAGGGCUCUAGAAAUAGUACGAAGUGACAAAACUCCAGGAAUUUUACAACUGCCUUUGGGAGCUCAGAACAGUGUUUAUCGCCUGUUGUAAAUAAAGUUACAUUUGUGGCAGCACAUAAAAAUACAGAUUCUAUCUUACUGAUGGCAUAAAAUGCCUGUUAGAGUGAUUUUAGUUUGUGUUUGAUUGGACAAUGAUAAAUGUGUGUUCCUUGUUUUAUUGCAUAUUUUAUGUAUACUUGCUUUGUCAUCUCAGCCAAUUUAAAAGGAUUUAUUACAAUUAUAAUGGAAUUAUAUUCUGUUUUCAAAAUGGUACAUGGCUGGAAUAUUGUUUUGUGUAUAUAUUUGUGUCUAUUACAGUAUAUUAAAUUGAGAAUUUGCAUUGUCA